GCUUUACGUGGCAGUACUAGCAGUAAAGCUCCGUGUUCAAGUUAUAAACCGCCGCCACCUAGCCUAGCUCCCUCUCCGCUAAUGAAAAGGCGGUCUGCUUAGCAUCGAUACACAGACUCUUGAUGGUGCUGGGGGAUUUAUUAUCGCUUAAUAUAUUUAGUUCGAAGCGAGAAUGUUGACGUUUUCUGAGCUCGUCGUGCUGCUCGGGGUUUUGUGCUCUACAGCGAGCGGCUACUUCGUUAGCAUCGAUGCUCACGCGGAAGAGUGCUUCUUCGAGCGCGUGAACUCGGGCACUAAGAUGAGCCUCAUGUUCGAGGUGGCAGAGGGGGGAUUUCUGGACAUCGACGUUGAGAUAACUGGACCAGAUGGUAAGCAGAUUUAUAAAGGAGACCGUGAGUCCAGUGGGAAGUACUCCGUGGCUGCCCAUAUGGAUGGAACAUAUAAAUUCUGCUUUAGCAACAAGAUGUCCACUAUGACUCCUAAAAUUGUGAUGUUCACCAUCGACAUCGGUGAAGCUCCCAAGGGCCAAGAUAUGGAGACAGAGGCUCACCAGAACAAGCUGGAAGAGAUGAUUAACGAAUUGGCCGUGGCCAUGACUGCUGUCAAGCACGAGCAGGAGUACAUGGAAGUCCGGGAAAGGAUACACAGAGCAAUUAACGACAACACCAACAGCAGAGUGGUUCUGUGGUCGUUCUUCGAAGCUCUGGUGCUUGUCGCCAUGACCCUUGGACAAAUUUACUACCUGAAGAGAUUUUUCGAAGUACGACGAGUCGUGUAAAAAAAUACAGUUAAAACAACAUGCUUCCUCUCUAUCAAGACAGUCAUUCACUACUCCAAGGAUUGGCUAUCCUGCCUCAACACCUUUCAGAAGAGUACUUCUUGUCUGUCAUUCGGUUUUCAUUUUUGUCUGUGUGGGUUUAGGUUUCAUUUAGAUGUUUUGGGGAGCUGUUUUCUGUCAAACAAAUCUUCUGUGUUCACUUUUAAUUUCUUUUAAACUCCCAGUUCUUACUAAGUUGUUUUAAUUUGUGGAGCUUUUUUCUUUUUGCUAGAAAAACAGUGACAUGGGGAGGGUGUGUGGGGCUGCCGCUUAGAGACUGCUACAAGCGUUGCAUGGUGUAACUUUUACAAUAUUGUCUAACGUUUUCAACGAUUGAUCCAGUCGUUAACUUGGUGAUUUGACUUUUGAUGCGCACCCUUAUUAGGAUUUUCAGCUUCUUAUGAAACUUACGUGGCACAUAAUUAAUGUUUAUUAGCCAACCUAUGGAAUAUGACUGUUUACGUAUUAAAAUGGCUUUAUGGUAUUUUCAGAUGUUUAAGUAUAAUUUCCAUUUUGCAAAGAUUUUGUUCCUGUUCACUGGGGAGGGAAGUAAUUUAUGUACUUUUUUACUGUUACAUGUCUGUAUGGACAUUUAAUUCUUUAACAUUUGCUAUACAGAAUGGGAAUUGGCCAUGACUACUGCAGAAUUGAUGGUAAAACUGUACAAUAUUGUAAAGUAGAAUGUUCAAGUGAAUCGAAUAUGAACUUGAUUUAAUAAAACAUGAUGUUUAAAAA